AGUCUCGAAAGCGGACAGAAACCAAAUCUUCCAUGCGCUCAUCUCAAGGACAAUGAAAAUAAAGGCUCUUGAGCGAUCUGCAUCGUCGAUCCAAGCUCCUGGUUCCAAUGUUAUCCGCCAACCCAAGAAUCUCACCUUGCACCCGUUUGAGCGUGCUCGGGAAUAUACGCGCGCACUAAAUGCCACCAAGUUAGAGCGUAUGUUCGCGCAGCCUCUACUGGGCGACUUGGGGCGUGGCCAUGUCGACGGCGUAUAUAAGAUUGCCAACGAUCCCGUCGCACUCCAGCGACUAGCGAGCGGUUCAGGAGACGGCGUGGUCAAAGUAUGGAACUUGGAGGACAGAGAAGAAGUAUGGCAUGCUCCAGCACACCGCAAUAUGGUGAAAGGAUUGUGUUGGAACCAUGAUCAAAAAUUGCUCUCCUGCGGCACUGAUCAGACGAUCAAGAUGUUUGAUCCAUACACAGGGGACAAGACAAGUUCGCCUAUAGCGACUUGGCUAGGCAAAGAGACGUACACAUCCAUAUCACACCACCGCACGGAUACCUCGUUCGCUGUUUCCUCCAGCAGCGGCAUUGGGAUCUACGACAGCACACGACCAUCUGCACCACCCUCUGUAAAACUCCAGUGGCCUACCAGUACUGACACGAUCACUGCCGUUUCCUUCAACCAGACUGAAACCUCGAUCCUCAACUCGUGCGCCAGCGAUCGCUCUAUAGUCCUGUACGAUCUCCGCACAGGCGGACCAAUCUCCAAAGCUACUCUCACACUUGCGUGCAAUUCUUUGGCUUGGAACCCCAUGGAAGCGAUGAAUUUCGCAGCUGCGAGCGAAGACCACAACGUGUACAUCUUUGACAUGAGAAAUAUGAAGCGCGCUCUCAACGUGCUUAAAGACCAUGUCGCGGCUGUCAUGGACGUCUGCUGGUCCCCUACUGGCCAGGAGCUUGUGACCGCUUCGUACGACCGGUCUAUCCGUCUCUGGAAUCGCGACCGCGGCCAUAGCAGGGACAUUUACCACACGAAGCGGAUGCAGCGCGUCUUCUCGUGUGUCUGGACUCCGGACAACAACUACGUCUUAUCGGGGUCAGACGACGGCAACAUCCGUCUGUGGCGUGCGCAGGCCAGCCAGCGCCAGGGUGUUAAGAGCUUCGCGGAGCGCCAAAAACUCGAGUAUGACGAGGCCCUCAAGAAGCGGUAUGGACAUAUGCCUGAGAUAAGGCGCAUAGCGCGGCACAGACACCUCCCCAAGGUGGUCAAAAAGGCAGCUGGCAUCAAGAGAGAGGAACUGGCGGCUAUAAAGAGGAGGGAGGAGAACGUACGAAAACAUACCAAGAAAGGAGAGACAAAGAGAAGGAGCGAAAGAGAGAAGAUGAUAUUGAGCAUCGAAGAGUGAUUGGGUUGUUGUCUGGAAUGAUAGCUUGGUUGAAGCAUCAGCCUUGUCUAAAGGUUGCACUUAUGCAUAGGGAGGGCUCAAAACGUCCAAUAGGCAGCUUCGAAUGCCGUGCUUUGGGUAACAAGCAUAGACUUGUUUAGGCGGAGUCAGUGUUGCUGCACUGGACUCUCCAGUGACCUAGGAGAGGAGCGCCACGCUGGGCCAUGUGGCAUAUAGCAUAAGAGCGCCUGUAACCGAAGAAGACUCAAAGGAUCUAAAUUCGCUGUACUAUGACGACGAUCCAUGUACUUUACAUAGCUAGCUACGUGGCCGCGUCCCGCCUUAGGACGGGCGAUUGAGCGUAUAUCGCUCGAGGAAACAGCGCGCUUCCGAUGAUGCAAUCGUAAAACCGCGUUCGCCUCAGACAACCAUGACCCUGAAAAUAACGAGUGGAACUCCAUGG